AUGGAUUUUGACGACUUGGACGAUGAAAUCGAAAAACGGGUGCAAGAUGGUGAAGAGGUCGCCUGCCACGUGGUGGAGAACCAGCAGCCUGUGAAGGGUACAGUGCUGCCUUUGAUGACCCGCAGUACCAAACUCCCGGACUUCAGCCGUCUCCCUGCGGCCAAGAAGAAGGCCUUGCCGCCUUACAACGGUGAAGCGGUGCCCGAGCGGUCGCCCAAGCUCCGGCUGCUGUGCAUCCAUGGCGCCGCCGACAGCUACGCCGCCGAGUGGUGCGUCUUGGAGAAUGAGGCGCCUCCGAAUAUCGAGGUGGCCGUACAUGAGUUUCCGGGCCACGGGCAUCGAGAUGAUGAAGACUUCUGCACUACCUUGGAUCAGCUGGUGGACGAUUGUUUUGAUGCCUUCCGCGAUGCCAUGAACACGGGGGCCUUUGCCUUUCUGGGCCAUUCGAUCGGAGCAUUGAUGGCCAUCAAGGUGGCGAAACGAGCCAAAGCGGAGCUGGGAGUGGAACCAGUCUUUGUGGUGAUGCUCGAGCGUGGGGCCGCGGAGUUCCCACUCUUCACGGAGAAGGGCGCGCAGUGGCUCCGGGAGGAGCCUGUGAGCUUCUUCGAAGUGUGGAACCCCACAGUCUACAAACUCUACAAGAGCGCCGGGGAGGUGGGCCAGCGAACGCUGAACAUGUGGGCCAAGGAUCAGAUUUUGGACCAAGAUGCCAUCGAGCCGGGGUUCCAUCGCUUCAAGUGUCCAAUGCUGGCCUUCGGAGCGGAACUGUCGUGGCGAACCUGGGUGAAGCUGGAUGAGCUGCCUGAGGCAGAUCAGGAGAUGGUGAAGAAGAAGAUGGAGAUCGGUGCGUACAUGAAGCAGCGGGAAGACAAAGUCUUUCAGGGCCACUUUCCCGAGUGGACUUACGAGACGUGGCCAGACUGGACGGAGCACCCGGCCGGCUGCCGCGUCAUCGAGUGCAAGGGCACCAACCAUAUGGACAUCAAGCUGGAUGGACACUUUAAGCAUGAGCUAUGGAAGGACCGUUCGGUGGAUGGCACCUGGUGGCCCAACCUGACGUCCUCCUCAGCCUACUGUGGCAUGUCAUUCGUGGCCAAGUACGCCGAUGGCAUGUCGUGGGGCAGCGACUCCAUCAGCUGCAUCCGGCCAAAGGAUGAGCUCAGCACGCUGUUCUACGCGAGCUCGAACCAGAUGCAGGUGGCGUUCUCACUCGCGGAAGGCUUGAAUCCUCAAUUCAACACCAGCGAGGUGUAUUUGUACGAAGCCAUCGAGCAGUCCACAAUUGUGUUUGAGGUCUCUUUCUCGACUUCGCGCGAGACGGUCUCCCACCUCCCGGGCUGCUGGGUGGCGGGGCUCCCGAAUCGCUACGCGCAGCUCGUGCCCGGUGCCGACUAUGGCGAGGGCUACUUGAUGUUGAGCGUGGAGGAUGUGCUGUCCGCCGCUGGGAGGAGAAUGGAAGACUUUGGAAGCGAAGGCGCGCAGCUGCGCUUGUCGGGUGUGGAGAUCGUCGCGCGGGUGGAUGUGCGCAACUACCACCGGCCCUUCACGUGGCCGUUCCAUAGCUGGAAUCCUUGGAGGCUUCCGGAAGCCCGGGAGCUGGAGUGCACCGUGCAUUUCGAUGUGCUGAGAGAUCAGUUUAACGUCGUGCAGUGGUUUCAUGAAGGCCGCCGGCCCAUUGCUUUGCAGCACGGCAUGCGCUUGGCGGUCGUGGGCACUGGCUCCGUGGGGUACGUCAGCCUCCAACAGCUGGCAACCCAGGUGCUGUUGGGCUUCACAGCCUUUGGACUAGCGCAGACCUGCCUGGACUACGGGUGGUUCUACUUGCACCGGCAGUCCUCCUUCAUCGCCGAUCGCGCCUUCCUGCGCGUGAACCUGGACGACCGCGGAACCGCCGCCCCGGCCGGCGCGGGCGGGGGCGUGUCAGCGGCCGUGUCGGCCUCAAAGAAAGGCGACUGA